GGUACUUAGAGAGAGGGGGGGCACCUUCCUGCUUCGCUCCUCCCACUUAGCCCCAGAGACUCUUCCCUCCUUAGACACAAAUAGUCCCCCCUCCCCCCGUAGCUCUUAGUUCCUUGAGAGAAAGGGGGACCACCGUAGGUGUUUGCAAGAGGUGUCCCAUUCCGUCUUGGUUCCUGGCCAGGUCGGUUGUCAUGGCAACCCUUUCCAACCUGGCGCCCCCACCCCUUCUCCAAUCGCUCCUCCUCUCCCCCUUUGUGUCUUGUGGAGCCCCAAACCGAUCCUGUCUUGGUACCAAGAAGAGGUUGCUAAGCACAACAGCUGGGCUGGGCUGUCACUGCCCUCCUGGAGCUCCCCCAGCCUGCCACCUAGGAGGACGCCAGAGCCCCGGCUGCCGGCCCCAUGCGGCUCCCGCGCUACUGGGCUGUGAUGGCCGCCGCCAUCACCCUGAACCUCCUGGUCUUCUUCUACGUCUCCUGGCUGCAGCACCAGCCCCGGAACCCCCGGGCCCGUGCCCCCCGCCGUGCAGCUGCCGCCGGCCCCCGGGUCACCGUGCUGGUGCGGGAGUUUGAAGCGUUUGACAACGCGGUGCCCGAGCUGGUGGACUCCUUCCUCCAGCUGGACCCGGCCCAGCCCGUGGUGGUGGCGGCCGACACGCUGCCCUACCCGCCGCUGGCCCUGCCGCGCCUCCCCAACGUCCGCCUGGCGCUGUUGCAGCCGGCGCUGGACCGGCCCGCCGCCGCCUCGCGCCCCGAGACCUACGUGGCCACCGAGUUCGUCGCCCUGGUCCCGGACGGGACGCGAGUCGAGGCGCCGGGACACCUGGAGCGCAUGGUGGAGGCGCUCCGGGCCGGCAGCGCCCGCCUGGUAGCCGCCCCGGUGGCCACGGCCAACCCGGCCCGCUGCCUGGCCCUGAACGUCAGCCUGCGGGAGUGGACGGCCCGCUACGGCCCGGCCCCGGCGGCGCCCCGCUGCGACGCGCUGGACGGGGACGCCGUGGUGCUGCUGCGCACGCGCGACCUCUUCAACCUGUCGGCCCCGCUGGCGCGGCCGCUGAGCACGGGCCUCUUCCUGCAGACGGCGCUGCGCGGCUGGCCGGUGCGGCUGCUGGACCUGCCCUUCGCCGCGGCCCGCCAGCCCCCGCUGGCCACGGCGCACGCGCGCUGGAAGGCGGAGCGCGAGGGGCGCGCGCGGCGGGCGGCGCUGCUGCGCGCGCUGGGCAUCCGGCUGCUGGGCUGGGAGGGCGGGCGGCUCGAGUGGUUCGGCUGCAGCAAAGAGAGCGCGCGCUGCUUCGGGACGGUGGUGGGCGACACGCCCUCCUACCUGUACGAGCGCCGCUGGACGCCGCCCUGCUGCCUGCGCGCGUUGCGCGAGACGGCGCGCCACGUGGUGGGCGUGCUGGAGGCGGCGGGCGUGCGCUAUUGGCUGGAGGGCGGCUCGCUGCUGGGCGCCGCGCGCCACGGCGACAUCAUCCCCUGGGACUACGACGUGGACCUGGGCAUCUACCUGGAGGACGUGGGCAACUGCGAGCAGCUGCGCGGCGCCGAGGCGGGCUCGGUGGUGGACGAGCGCGGCUUCGUGUGGGAGAAGGCGGUGGAGGGCGACUUCUUCCGCGUGCAGUACAGCGAGAGCAACCACCUGCACGUGGACCUGUGGCCCUUCUACCCGCGCCACGGCGUCAUGACCAAGGACACCUGGCUGGACCACCGGCAGGACGUCGAGUUCCCCGAGCACUUCCUGCAGCCGCUCGUGCCGCUGCCCUUCGCCGGCUUCGUGGCGCAGGCCCCCAACAACUACCGCCGCUUCCUGGAGCUCAAGUUCGGCCCUGGGGUCAUCGAGAACCCCGAGUACCCCAAUCCCGCGCUCCUGAGUCUGGCCGGUGGCUGAAACCGCCCCUGGAGGUGGGGGGGUGUCCGUGCCGACGGGGAGAAAUGGGGUGCAUCAAGUGCUGAGGGCCCUGGGUGGGCAGAACCGGCCCCUCCUGGGUCCCGGUGCAGACCUCCGACUUCCGAUCCAGGGUUAGGGGGGCCUGCGGCGGUAGCCCUUUGCCUCAGUUUCCCCCCCGGGGUUUUCGGCGCUCCUGCUUGUGAGACCCGCCCACUAGAGGGCGCCGUGGCCUGAUGGACCCCUCACUCCUUCCCCGGAAGUGAUCGCUGCUACUCUGACCCUUCCCCCCCCCACCCUUUUCAGGGACUGAGGCCACAGUGGCCAAUUCCCUCGCCCCAGCUCCUCACGUCCCUAUCCAGCUGCCAGGUGGGGAGCUGAAGGCAGGACUGCAGGCUCCAGAGCCCGUACUUCCUCUCUAUAGCCACCUCCAUAAAUGGUACACAGGGGAGGGGGACUUUGGGGAACCCCCAUUUGUCUUGAUCAAGCAUCUAAGAGUGAGCUCCCAACAUAUCAUGUCUGUAUUUAUUUCUAAAUUAUGUGCAAGUGUUAAUACAGUCUGUAUGUUACUAAUAAGGCUUAAAUAAUUCCACUUUAAAAUUAAAAAUGUAGCUGGGUGA